AUGUUGGAGAAUUUGGCAACUGCGGCAUUUCUGUUCGCCGUGGUCAACUCUAUGCGCGAUUCUUUUGCAGCCGUGGUGCCUAGAGUGGGCAAGGUAUCUUCUGAUUGCGAGUCCGUUUACGAGAAUAAGAUUCUGUCAUUUGCAGAUCGCCUGGAUGACGUGAAAAACGGCGUUGUCCGCGACGACUCUCGCUUGAUAUCGCCUGUGCAAUUUAUCACUCAUUGUUUGGAGGACGAGGUGGACAGAUUUUCUGCGCUAUACUACGAGAUCUUGUUUGACGACAACCGGACCCACGGCCUCGCCCUCUUCCUGUUUUUAUGCCGCCUGCUCGACAUAUGCAUGGCCUUCCGGGGGACCGCCUGGAUCGGCUUCACCGUUGCGCUUGCAGCGCGAAAGUUGAUGUACUUUUUGGUUUUGUAUGUGCUUGUAAUAUGUUGCUUUGGCGCCAUUAUGGAGGUGUCGUUUGGCAACAACUUCCUGCAGUUUAGGUCCCUCCCCCAAGCUUGCCUCGCACUGAUAUUGUUCACUUUCGGCCAGUCCGAAAAUGCAUUCAGGGGGGUUUACCCCAUGGAGGAGUAUCACGGCUUCUGGGUGUCGAUCUACAUGCUGGUAUUCGCGAUCAUGGUUAUCACAGUGGCUAUGCAAUUCUUCGUCUCCAUUGUUCUGGAUGCUUACAAUAUUGUCCAAGAUGAGCAGCUCUACUUGGAGAAGGACCACGAGGAGUUUCUCAAACUGUAUACGUCUAUCGCCACGCUGUUCUUCCCCAAAGCCAUGCGAGACGGCCGCGACUACCGCAGAGAACUCCGGAAGCGGUCGUUUUACCACCUUUCGCAACUGCUAGGCAAAGCCCGAGUGCGCGCGGAAACGUGGAGCCAUCCCAGGCACCGCGGGGACCUGGAGCUCCAGGAGCUGCCAGACCCCACGCACGCCGCCAGCGCGCCCGCCGUGGAGGCCUCCGCCUCUGCACGGCACAGGCCGCGGCCCGCGGACGGGGGCCGGAGCCCUGGCGGCCGCGGGCCGGAGCCGCAGCCGUUGGCGCUGAGGGUCUCGGAGGUGGGCGCGAGAUUUGGCUGA